AUGGAACACAAUGAUGGAGAAAAGUUUGUAAUUAUUGGCAGCGGUCCAACUGCUUUAGGUGCCGCCUAUCGGUUGCACGAAUUAAUUGAGCAAGGGAGUCUUUCUGAAUCAACACAGGUUACCGUAAUUGAAAAGGAGAUUGAAGUAGGUGGACUGGCUCGUUCAGUCACCGAUCGAAGAGGUUUCACAUGGGAUCUCGGUGUACAUGUUACUGGUCAUUCCAAAUAUCCGAAGUUCACACAUAUCAUUAAUCGAGCAGUACGUCAUUGGAACAACGUGCCCCGCUGUGUCAAAGCAUAUAUGAGGCAUGUGAUUCAAGAUGAUGACAACGUGGAGGCCAACUACGUACCGUAUCCAGUGCAGGAUUCGAUACCGUAUUUUCCAGAGAAGGUGAAACUCAGGUGUCUUGAUGAAAUUUCCUCGUUGUCAGCAUCUACUGAGACUGCAGCAAAUUUCGACGAGUUCACAGCGAACACCUUCGGAGAAACGCUGCAGGCGAUUUUUAUCCGGCCAUACAAUGAAAAGGCUAGUACAAGUUGGAGCAAACAAAACUUGUGUGGUGAUAGAGUGUGUUUAAGGUUUGGACCGUGCCUCUGA